CAAGGACUGAGCUGAGCAAGCGGAGCGCGGUGCCUGCGGGAAGCCGGGGCAGCAGCAGCCUCACCGCGCCAUGCGGGCCUCAGGAUUGUACCAAUGAGGACCUAAGGUGCCUGCCUGCCAACCACCCCAGCCUGCAGUGACCAUGGCCCUCCGCAAGAGGAGUCCCCAUGGCCUGGGCUUCCUUUGCUGCUUUGGAGGCAGUGACCUUCCCGAGAUCGACCUCCGGGACAACCACCCAUUGCAGUAUCUGGAUUUCUCCGGUCCCAUCCUGAACCCAGAGGAGCUCAACGUCCGCUUUGCAGAGCUGGUGGAUGAAUUGGACCUCACAGAUAAAAACCGGGAGGCUGUGUUUGCACUGCCACCAGAGAAGAAAUGGCAGAUCUACUGCAGCAAGAAGAAGGAGCAGGAGGACCCCAACAAGCUGGCAACCAGUUGGCCUGAGUACUACAUUGACCGUAUCAAUUCCAUGGCCACGAUGCAGAACCUGUAUGAAACUGAAGAUGAGGAGACAGACAAGAGGAGCCAAAUUGUAGAAGACCUGAAGACAGCCCUCCGGACACAGCCCAUGAGGUUUGUGACCCGCUUCAUCGAACUGGAAGGCCUGACCUGUCUGCUGAAUUUCCUCCGGGGCAUGGACCACACCACCUGUGAGAGCCGUAUCCACACAUCUCUCAUUGGCUGCAUCAAAGCUCUGAUGAACAACUCCCAGGGCCGGGCACAUGUCCUGGCACAACCUGAGGCCAUCAGCAUCAUCGCCCAGAGCCUGCGCACCGAGAACAGCAAGACGAAGGUUGCGGUGCUGGAGAUCCUGGGUGCAGUGUGCCUUGUGCCCGGAGGCCACAAGAAGGUUCUACAGGCCAUGCUACACUACCAGGUGUAUGCAGCCGAGCGGACUCGUUUCCAGACUUUGCUGAAUGAGCUGGAUAGAAGUUUGGGCCGGUACCGGGAUGAGGUAAACCUGAAAACAGCCAUCAUGUCCUUCAUCAAUGCUGUCCUCAAUGCUGGCGCUGGAGAGGAUAACCUGGAAUUCCGCCUGCAUCUCCGGUAUGAGUUCCUGAUGCUGGGGAUCCAGCCAGUGAUUGAUAAACUCCGGCAACACGAGAAUGCCAUCCUGGACAGGCAUUUAGACUUCUUUGAGAUGGUCCGGAAUGAAGACGACCUGGAGCUAGCCCGGAGGUUUGAUAUGGUCCACAUUGACACCAAAAGUGCCUCCCAGAUGUUUGAGCUGAUCCACAAGAAGCUGAAGCACACAGACGCUUACCCCUGCCUGCUCUCCGUCCUGCACCACUGCCUGCAGAUGCCUUACAAGCGGAACGGUGGCUACUACCAGCAGUGGCAGCUCCUGGAUCGCAUCCUUCAGCAGAUCGUCCUCCAGGAUGACCGAGGUGUGGACCCUGACCUGGCCCCACUGGAAAACUUUAAUGUCAAGAACAUCGUCAGCAUGCUCAUCAAUGAGAACGAGGUGAAGCAGUGGCGGGACCAAGCAGAGAAGUUCCGGAAAGAACACAUGGAACUCGUGAGCCGGCUGGAGAGAAAAGAGCGGGAAUGUGAGAUAAAGACACUGGAGAAGGAAGAGAUGAUGCGGACGCUCAACAAGAUGAAGGACAAACUGGCCCGAGAGUCCCAGGAGCUGCGCCAAGCUAGGGGACAAGUGGCAGAGCUGGUAGCCCAACUUAAUGAAAGCUCAACUGGCCCAGUGUCUUCACCACCUCCCCCUGGAGGUCCACUCACCUUGUCUUCCUCCACAACAACCAAGGAUCUGCCCCCGCCUCCACCUCCUCUCCCCCUUGAUAGCUGCCCACCCCCACCCCCUCCACCUCUCCCUCCAGGAGGGCCUCCCAUCCCCCCAGGUGCCCCACCCUGCUUCAGCUCAGGCCCGCCCCAGCCUCAUGACCCCUUCACCAGCAAUGAAGCCCCACUCAGGAAAAAGCGCAUCCCCCAGCCUUCACACCCAUUGAAGUCUUUCAACUGGGUCAAGCUGAAUGAGGAGCGUGUCUCUGGCACCGUGUGGAAUGAGAUUGACGACUCGCAGGUUUUUCGGAUUCUGGACCUGGAAGAUUUUGAAAAAAUGUUCUCAGCAUAUCAGAGGCACCAGGGUUGCAUGCAGGAGGGUUUCCAGAGAGAGAGAGGAAGUGUGAGAGACGGAGGGACUGCGAGCAGACCUCUGCCAGCUGCGGAGGCGAGUGCCUACAGAACUGAGAAGGCUUCUAGGUCUAUGGUAUCAGCUACAGGUGCCAAGAAAGAACUGGGCUCCACAGAGGACAUCUACCUAGCCUCCCGCAAGGUUAAAGAGCUGUCAGUCAUCGAUGGUCGGAGGGCCCAGAACUGUAUCAUUCUUCUCUCCAAGUUGAAGCUUUCUAAUGAUGAGAUCCGGCAGGCCAUCUUGAGGAUGGAUGAACAAGAAGACCUUGCUAAGGACAUGUUGGAGCAGCUCCUCAAGUUCAUCCCCGAGAAGAGUGACAUUGACCUCUUGGAAGAACACAAGCAUGAGAUUGAGCGGAUGGCACGGGCAGAUCGUUUCCUCUACGAGAUGAGCAGGAUCGACCAUUACCAGCAGCGACUACAGGCCCUCUUCUUCAAGAAGAAGUUCCAGGAACGGCUGGCUGAGGCCAAGCCCAAAGUAGAAGCCAUCCUGCUGGCCUCCCGGGAGCUGACCCUCAGCAAGCGCCUGAAGCAAAUGCUGGAGGUGGUCCUAGCCAUCGGCAACUUCAUGAACAAGGGGCAGCGUGGGGGUGCCUACGGGUUCCGGGUAGCCAGCCUCAACAAGAUUGCUGACACCAAGUCCAGCAUUGACAGGAACAUCUCUCUGCUUCAUUACCUGAUCAUGAUCCUGGAGAAGCACUUCCCGGAUAUCCUGAACAUGCCCUCGGAGCUGCUGCACCUGUCAGAAGCUGCCAAAGUCAACCUGGCAGAGCUGGAGAAGGAGGUGGGCACUCUCAGGAGGGGCCUCAGAGCAGUGGAGGUGGAGUUGGAAUAUCAGAGACACCAGACACGGGACCCCAAUGACAAGUUCGUCCCUGUCAUGAGUGACUUCAUCACAAUGUCUAGCUUCAGUUUCUCAGAGCUGGAGGACCAGCUGAAUGAGGCCAGGGAUAAGUUCGCCAAGGCACUGACACACUUUGGAGAGAAGGAGAGUAAGAUGCAGCCAGAUGAAUUCUUUGGCAUCUUCGACACCUUCUUGCAGGCCUUCUUGGAGGCCCGACAGGACCUAGAGGCCAUGAGGAGGAGGAAGGAGGAGGAUGAGCGGAGAGCACGCAUGGAAUCCAUGUUGAAGGAACAGCGUGAGAAAGAAAGAUGGCAGAGGCAGCGGAAGGUCUUGGCGAGCGGCUCCCUGGAGGAGAGUGGCGAGUUCGAUGACUUAGUGUCAGCCUUACGCUCUGGAGAAGUUUUCGACAAGGACUUAAGCAAGUUCAAGCGCAACCGGAAGCGACUUGGGAGCCAGGUCCCAGAGGUCACCCGCGAGCGGGCGAUAAACAGGCUAAAUUAUUGACUUGGGGACUGGGGACUGACCACAUAGCAGCAAGCCUGGAGACAGUGAUGAGGGGCGAGGAGUUGUAUAGAAGAAGCAAUGACUUAAGAGAUUUGGAAAACUGGGUUUGGGAGCCCUGGGCUGGGUCCUGGGGGCUGUGUGCGCGGCUAGACCGGGUGUCUCCGCACGGACAGGGUCUUCUCUUGUCUCCUGUAUAUUUACCCAUUCUCAUCCAUGUUCUGUCCAUCUCCCUCUGUGCCCCUCCUCCUCCUGGCCAUCAUUCCUUAAGACUUGCUUGGGUAUCCCUGGCAGACCUUCCCAGGCUGGGUGACAUUGUUCUCCACAUCUCAUGUUGGCACAGAGCUGUUUAAGACCCAAGAGGCAUCCCUGUCCAGACGUUUUGUACAGUUUGUGGUGGUAUAGUGGAACCCGAGAGCCAGUAGUAGGCUCCUGCCUGAAAAGACAGCUCAAGGGAACAUGGAUCCGGGACGGGAACCAGGGGCUUUAUGUGUUCUAGCUAGAUAAGCUCUAGUAUGUUCCAGAAAAAAAAAAAGGGGGGGGGGGACCAGAGCCAGCAAGUGAGUUGUCUAUCUGUGCCUUUUUCCUACACCAAGUCCUGGGGUCUCACCUCCACCCCAUUUACUAGUUUCUGGUCCCCAAAUUCAUAAUUCAUCUCUGGUUUCCAGAACGCUGGCUCACCAUCAGCUUAUAGUGUGGUUCUGGUGAGGACAGGUGCCCAGGAAAGACUUCUGUUAUCACCUCACCAGACUCAGGCAUAGGCCCCAAAGCAAACCCCAAGGUUACCUGACCACUAUCUUGGAGAGACUGACCUCAGAUCCCCAGCAGAAGGUAGCACUCGGAUGCUUCACUCCCUCAAGAGUGCCCCAUCUAUCAUUUCCCUCAGCUGAGCUUUGCACAGUGGCCUCAGUCUCCAUCUGCAGGUCACAUGGUGCUCCAUAUACUAGGCUGCAGCUGGCCUUGGGGAAUUGGUCCUGCAGGCUGGAACUACCCUCCAUAUUUAACUGUCACUCUGGGGGAGACAAAUAGACAGGGGGCUGAGAAGAGCAGGCAGGAGAUGCCCAGGAGAUGAGAAGGGAGCGUUUGUGUGGGAUGCUCACUCCAGAGUUUGCCCCUACAUUUGUGCUGUUGGUUCCUCAGUCUCACUGCAUAAGAUCAUUCUGGCCCUCUGUCCACACUCAUCUUCUGUCCUGUCCACCCAUCUUCAGCCGUUUUGAUGGUACUGAUGAGGUGGCACUGCUAUAUCUAGGCAAAUAUUCUAAAUAUUUUAAAUAUUCUAAGUGUCAAAUGCACCUUUAUUCGCUCUCAUCUUGAGACCAGUCUUGUCUGACUACCAUCCACCAGCUCCUAGCUUUUCUCAUCUAACCCCCUGGCUCAGGGUCAUUGCCAGUGACUGUGGGCUGCUCCAUCCUGGUUCUAUAACUGCCUGUCUCCCUACAGGAGAUUCCCAGGGAGUGGGACCAUAAUAACUGUGGGGAGGAGAGGCACAGGACGUGUGAAUUGGUUUGAAAGGGAUCUCAGCAAGUGGAGGCCUGGCCAGUAGGGUGUGAAGAAGCCAACGUGAGAGCUCAAACACCUUCUAAGAAUGGCUAUGGAGGAGAGCUUUAAUGGCCAUCUGCACAUCCAAAGAAGCUCCCCGCCCUCUCAACCCGCCCUCCCUCCACCCUGCCCUCUCCUCGACCCCGCCCUCUCCUCGACCUCGCCCCUUGAGAAGCAAGCUAUGAGAACGUUAAGGCUGGUGCUGGACAUCUUCAUAUCCUCUCCCAAACUGGCUGGGAUGUCAGCCUGCCAUGCGAGGGGCAGAGGACAGGGAUGGACUACACUGCUACCUGAAGGCCUAGCCUUCCCAACCGCCAUGAAGACGGUACAUGCACCAGGAGAAAUAAGGAAGAUGGAAGUUGUUGAAGGGACACAUUGGCUCUUCAGCAAAGCUCCUUGGCAUCUCUCCAGAGCCCAGCCUUCUCGCCCCAAAGAAUUCUGCCUUCUCUAUUUAUUAUUUUCUAUAGCUGUCCAGUGGCUCCGGUGAUGUGUGUCUCUGUAACUAGAUUCCAACAGUGCCUUGGACCAUGGACCAUUGUGGGUGACUUAGCAGGGAGUGACUGGUGCCCAGUGGAGGUGGAUAGGCUGGUCCUCAACAUCAAAUGAUGAAGUCUACUCCCAGUACCCACCCAACCCUCCUACCGCCUGUGGGCCAACUGUUCCUGUUAGUUUUGUGCACAAUGUAAAAUUCAUAGUCCAACCAACACAUCCCGUCUCUGCAGCGGCAAUUCCCCUCCCAAGACGGAAGUUUGUUCAGGGGUUGGAAGGACAACUCUCCAGGUGGGUGGAUACAGGCAUGGGCUCUUCCCAUCCACUCCUAUUGCCACCAGCUGGGGAGCUGCGACCACCUCCCCAGGACACCUGCCAACCUUCAUGCCAAGGCUGCUCUCACCAGCUGCUGCAGAAGACAAACAAGGUUUGUAUGUACAAACUCUACAGUGUCCUUUUUUCUGCACCCUUUUAUAAGAAUAUAUUGUAAUACUAAAAAAAAAUAUUAAAUUUGUCCCCA